AUGAACUCGUUCUUCAACUCCGUGUCGGAUUUCAUCCACUCGGUCACAACCCCAGACAGAUACGCGUCGCAACAGCGAUCGUCAAAGGCGUCACAAAGCGCCGGCGCAAACUCCCAGAACAGACCGCUCUACAACAAUGACGACAACCAGAGUGAAAUGUACCAGGCUUCCUCCUCGUACACUGGAGGGUACACAAACUCCCCUUCGGCGUCGUCGUCCAAUCUCGCCGGAGGAGCCGCUGCUGACAGAGCCAACCCCUACAGCUCCCGUAACAACUCGACCACCAACUUCUCGGCCUCAUCCACGUCGGUCAAUAAGGCUCCCUACGCUCCUGGAUCACGGUCGUCCGCAAUUGGAAACAAUGACCCCGCAGGAGUCACCCGAGACUCACACGAAUUGCAGGAGUACGUUGACGGUCAGCCGCCGGCUCCUUCGGUGGCCAUGUCAUGGGAGCGAAUCGACAAGUGGGCUGACGAACACUACCCCGAGCUCAACGAUCAGCUCUGCUACCCUGCCACCGCCUCCGAUCUCAACGAACUGGAGGCCGAUCUCGACUGUUCCCUUCCCCUGGAUGUUCGAGACUCGUGUCUGAUUCAUGACGGCCAGGAGAAGUUUGGCCGACCCUCAGGCAUCAUCUUCGGCAUCACCCUGCUCGAUCUCGAGACCAUUGCCGAGGAGUGGUACUCGUGGAAAAAGGCCGCCAUCCGAAUCAACCGGGAGAUUGCUCGGGCCACCGGCCAGACCCCCACUAAGCAGGGCGGCAUCUUCAUCAAUCCCAACGCCGGCUCUCCCAACUCUUCCACCCCCGGUUCCCCCGUGGCCUCUGUGGCCCGACAAAAGAACAUCAGCUCAUGGCUCGCGUCGCAGGACUCUGUCCCCGAGGGAGCCGUCCAGCUGGUUUAUGCACACCCCGGCUGGAUCCCUCUGGCCAACGAUCGAGCCGGAAACAACAUUGCUGUCGAUCUGGCACCUGGCAAGAAGGGGAAAUGGGGUCAGGUGAUUCUGUUCGGUCGGGAGUUUGACCGAAAAUACGUGGUGGCCCAGUCGUGGGCUCACUUCCUGGCCAUGGUCGCCGAUGACUUUGACCGGGGCAACUGGGAAGUUGACCACGACACUGAGGAGCUGUGGUUCAAGACCGACCGAGGCACAUUUGUUAGCUACUUCACUGUACUCAAGACCCGAGUGGAGCGACAGUUCCGACACCAGAUGCAGCGACGGGAACAUGAGCGACGACAGGCCGCUGCCGCCGCUCAGCAGCAGCAGCAGCAGCAGCAACAUCACGCACAGGGAGGCCUCCACUCUCCCUCACCACAGCAUACACAGAGCAUGCCAGCCCCUGGCCUGGGCAAGCCCCUGACCUCUAAGCCGGCCCAGGAUUUGGACAUCGUCGACCUCAACGAGGACACUGCCACCAUUAAGGACAAGGGCAAGGCUACUAUGGGCUCUGCUCUCCGAAAGACUAUUGUUGACGAGAGCAAGACUGCUCACACAAUUGUGGAGCCUCUUGAGGAGUCUGAGGAGAUCAAGGGCAAGGGCAAGGGCAAGGAGGAGGAUGUCAACGAAGCCGCCGAAAAGGCCAAGGUGGAGGCCACCGAGAAGACCAAGAAGGCUGCCAAGGAAGCUGCUGAUAAGGAAGCAGAGCUCAAGAAGGCCGCCGAGAAGGCCGCUGAGGAGAAGGCCAAGGCUGAGAAGAAGGCUGCUGAGGCUCGAGAGAAGGAGGAGAAGGAGGCCAAGGCUGCCGCCAAAGCCAAGGAGGAGGAGCUCAAGAAAGAGGAGGUAGCUAAGGCUGCCGCCAAGGCUGAAGAGGAGCAGAAGGCCACCGCUGCCGCUGAGGCUGCCAAGGCUGAGGCUAAGCGAGCUGCUGAGGCCGACGCUUCCAAGAAGGUAGAGGCCGAGAAGGCUGCCGCUGAGGAGUCUAAGGAGUCUAAGGCUGAGUCUGAGGAGAGCAAGGUCGAGAGGGAUCUCGAGGAGCUCAAGAUUGACGAGGAAAACGGUAAUGCCGAGGAGGCCGAUGAGGAGGCCGAUGACGAUGAUGAAGAUGACGAGGAGGAGGGUGACAGCAAGGAGGGUGAGGAGACCAAGAGCACAACCGCCUCAAAGUCCAAGUCCAAGAAGAAGAAUAAGAAGAAGGGCAAGAAAUAA